CAAUUACAAUUAAAAAUGACAAAAAAAAAAAAGAGGAAAUGCAAAAAGAAAGUGUAUAAAAAGGAUCUUUGAAGCAACCAAGCGGACGCUUAAGAAAACAAGAGAGAAAAAAGAAAGAGAAAGAGAGAAUCCAUUUUCUCCGACCGGAGCCUCGUCUUUCGCCGAACUGCUUCUUCUCCACAAAGGAACAGAAAUAUAAAAGAAAAAAGGGUGUUUUUAUUGUGUGUGUGGUUUGGUGGCCGAAUUUCGAAGGUGAUACUCGGUUGCUGCAUUAUUGCACGUUUUACUUUACGAGUUUACUUCAAUUUUUCGAAUUCGGUAUUUCGUUGGUUCAAUCAUUCCUUCGCCAAAAUUCCACGUUAAAAUUGUUUCAAUUCAGAUCAAGAAGAUUCGGUGACAAGAAAUACAAUUCCGAUUCCGUCAGUUAAACGAGUGGAGAAGAUCUCUCGGAGCUGAAGUUGUCGAAUUUUCUCAAGAAAAAAAAAGUAGAAGAAAAUUUCUUUUCAGGCGUCCAAGUUAAUUACGGUUCAGAAUUUUCGAAUCCGAAGUUAACUGCUUGAAAGCUUUAUAUUUUAAAAGCGUCAGUGAUUGCGCCUCCGAUCUCAGGUGGGGGCGUAUUUUUUUCCCGACGAAAUCCACUUUCUCGACGUGAAAGGGAUCUGAUAAAGCAACCGGAAAGAAGAAUUAUCCAUUUUUCAAAUCCUCCUGUUCAAGCUCUUCGAAUUCUAUUGAAUUGCGGUGGAAGUUUGAAUUUCUCUCAUUAAAAAUUAUUUCAAAUAUUAUAUUAUCUGAUCCAAAAGUUUUAUUAAAAAAAAAAAAAAACUGAAGUCUGAAGGCUGAAGCCAUAGAUGGAGCUCCCUCAAUCCCGGCCUUUAGGAGCAGAAGGAAGGAAACCAACGCAUGACUUUCUGUCACUGUAUAGUCAUUCGAGCGUCCAACAAGAUCCAAACAGAUCUUCUCAAGGUGGAUAUCUUAAAACUCAUGAUUUCCUACAAAUUGAACGGCUAGGGAAGACAAGUGCCAAGGAGGAAAUCCCAGUGGAGGUAGCAACUUCUGAAAAGCCGCCACCGCAGGCACCUCCUUCUUCUGUGGAACAUAUUCUCCCUGGCGGAAUUGGAACUUACAGUAUAAGCCACAUUUCCUAUUUCAAUCCUAGGGUUCCGAAAGCAGAGGGGGCUGUAUUCAGUGUAGCUCAAGGGAUUAGUACCGAGAGAAAUGAGGAAAACUCCAACUGCAGUUCUUACACUGGAAGUGGUUUCACUUUAUGGGAAGAAUCUGCAGGAAAGAAGGGAAAGACAGGGAAGGAGAAUGGCGGAGAAACACCCGUUGUAAGAGAAGCGGCAGGGAAGGUGGGGCAAUGGGCCAUGUCGUCGUUGGAGAGGGCGUCGCAGUUGUCGACCAACAACCAUCGGAACACUUUCAGCUCUUUCUCUUCCUCUCAGCCAUCAUCAAAGCAGAAAAGCCAAAGCUUCAUGGAAAUGAUAAAAUCAGCAAAGGGUAGCUCACAAGAUGAUGAUUUUGAAGAAGAUGACGAUUUUGUUCUCAAGAAAGAGAGUCCUACUACUACCAAUAGUAAAGGAGAAUUGAGAGUAAAAGUGGAUGGAAAGAGUGCACCUGAUCAGAAGGCAAACACCUCAAGGUCAAAACAUUCUGCUACUGAGCAGCGGAGGAGGUGUAAAAUUAAUGACAGAUUUCAGAUGUUGAGAAGUCUCAUUCCUCAUAGUGAACAGAAGCGAGAUAAGGCCUCAUUCUUAUUAGAGGUUGUCGAGUACAUUCAGUUUUUACAAGAGAAGGUACAAAAGUAUGAGGGAACGUAUCAAGGAUGGAGCCAAGAUCCAUCAACAUUGAUGCCAUGGAGAAACAACCACAGACUCACAGAAAAUUAUGCUGAUCAAUCUCGAGCCAUAAAUGGUGUCUCUGCUCCUGCCUUAGCUUUUUCUGGAAAGUUUGAUGAGAAAAACAUCAGCAUCACCCCAACCAUUCCUGGAAGUCCACAGAAUCCUAUUGAAUCUGAUAUGAGCAUAGCUACUACCUUCAGAGCAAUAGACCCUCGUUCUGGCAUGAUGAAUAAGACAAUGCCCUUUCCUGUGUCAAUACAGCCAAACCCCCUCACCUCUGCCCACGGUACUGGUGCGGCAGCUCAACUUCCAUCUGGAUUGCCAUCUGAUUCAGAAAACAGUGCAUCUCAGCCUCAAUCUGUACCAUAUCAUACUGGAUCCUGUACCACCAAUGGUGCUCUUCCUACUGAAAAGCUGAAAGAAAAAGAGCUGACGAUUGAAGGUGGAACUAUUAGCAUCUCGAGUGUAUAUUCGCAAGGGUUGUUGAAUACUCUGACACAAGUGCUGCAGACUUCCGGAGUGGAUUUGUCAAAUGCCAGCAUCUCAGUGCAAAUUGAGCUCGGGAAGCAAUCAAGUAGUAGGUCUGCUGCUCCAACAUCCACACUUAAGGAUAGAGAGGCUCUCUCAACACAUCAAGGGGCAAUGCGAUCUAGAGUUGGAUGCAAUGAGGAUUCCGAUCAACCCCUAAAGAAACUCAAGACAUGAAAAAGGUAGCUUGAUAAUUUCACAAUAUUCUUUUUAUUUAUUUAAUUAAUUCAUUUUUUGGAGCACCGUGCCCUUCCUUGAGACUUAUGGUACUCAUUCUAGUUUUUAAACUACCUAGUCAAAGACAAGGAUCCAUGAACAUCUAGUUGGCAAGCUUUCAGCUUUUGUUGGGAAAGACAUGCACAGAAUUAUUCCCAGAAAACAAAUAUAUAUUAUUCAUCUUUCAUUUUGUGUAAUUCUUCACCAUUUUGAUGUUGAGAAGCUGCUUUUCAUUGAAGGCUUCCAUCAUCAUCUGAAGUUUCGUUCAUUAUUGUCAUUAUUUUUUAACAUAUAUAUAUAUAUAUAUAUCUAUAUAUUUGUUGUUGAGAUUCAGCUCUCUUGUUGGAACAAAAGGAAAUUGUUAACUUCAUAUACAUGAAAUGCCUGACUGCAAAAUUUUCUAUUUUUGUCAGAAGAUUUUAUCAUUAUUUACCUGGAAAAAAAAUUAAAUUCUUAAAUGUAAUUUAUUUCUCCUUAUUCAUUUCAUUGUUUGGUUGUCUUUUUUGGAUCAUUGAGAUGCCAAGCUGUCUUAGUAAAAAAGACAAUGAACUCCAUUUAUUCAUUUAUUUCAAAAAUGAAAAGAAAAUUCAAUUGAUUCUAACCCUUUACUAUAUAUUGGGAUAAGCAUGAUAUUUUAGUAAGAAAUGUAGAGCAAAGAAUAUUUACAUAUAAAAUUCAUUUAUUUUUUUAAUAUUCCAAAACUAAAAUAAUUUUAGAUUUGAAUAAUAUUAAUUAAAUUCAGAAUUCGUUUUGAAUACUAAUUCAAUUUCCAUUAAGGAUCCAACUUUAAAAGGAAAAAAAAAACUUUUAAAUUAAUGUGAUUAGGAAUGGGAUCUACGUCAACGGACAGACCACAUUGGAUCGACCAAACGAGAGUUGAUGUAAUAAAGCAAAUAUCAUGACAAGAUGUUGUCGUGUCUUUUUGCACUUGUGUUAUGCUGAUCCAAGAUUAAA